UCUCUCUCUCUCUCUCUCUCUCUCUCUCUAUUUAUUAACUCAUUACAGUCGAAGGAAACGGUUCCUUGCAUGGCAAUCUCAAUCUCAAAUGCUUGCAAUUUCCAGAGCUCCUGAAAAAGAAACCACUUAUUAGAUUUUUCCACCCAAUACCCAUUUGGGCUUUGUUAAAACUACCUUUUCAUUGCUUUUUCUGUACUGUUUGUGUGUAAUUCUUUAAUCUAGCUUGAGUCUGUACACAUGGGUUUUGCUUGUUUUCCUUCCUUUAAGUUCACCCAUCUCUCAUUUCUGAUGGGUUGUUUCGGUUUCCCGAUUUCCUUUCUGUUGAGUGAGUAUUUGGGUGUGGAAGCUUCAGUUUCCAGAAUGAAGUAUUAGAGAUUUAUGGGCUGUUCGAUCUCGGAUGAGAAAUGGGGCGGCGAUUGGUUCUCGCAAUGGUGCUUUUCUGCAUCGCAAUUGGUUCUGAAUUCCAUGGAUCUGAAGGAUCUGCUGCAUAUCUGCUUAGAAAAUUGCAAUCAAAAUCAUUAUACGUGCCACCAUUUGCUUAUAGGAUUGUGCUACCGAUAACCUUGGGGGCUCCGUCUAAGAGCAUAGAUAUGGAAGUUCAUCUCUCAAGAUUGAUUGCCCCUUCUAUGCUUGCACCACAUGGACCCAUAGAAAAAGGCUAUGCUAAUUCCUCACAACCGACAUUUCCUGCGCCUCGUCCUACCGAAGAUAGAACACCCACUUUUGAAUACCAUGGAAAAUCGCCAAGAACAAGUCCACCAGGUCCACUAGCUUUACCUAAAGUAUCAGUUUCACCUCUUCCAAUGAUGUUGCCACCGAAGUUGGCACCUGCACCGCCAGGAGUGCAAGAUCCAGUAGCGUCCGCACCCCAGAAUGCUCCAUCUCAUCAUAAAAGCAAGGAACAUAAGCAAUCAAGGGGGGUGGCCCCAUCCACGGGGAAUCAGACACCCCACGCAGUUGAUGGGGCAGUGCCAAGGCAAUCUCCAAUGCAGCCCAAGGAACCACUAGUGCCACCAGCUACACAUCCAAGCAUUUCGAGGGUAGCUCCAACCAGUAAAUCAGUGCCAAGUCAAUCUCAUUCUCCAAUGCAGCCCAAGGAACCACUAGUGCCACCAGCUACACAUCCAAACAUUUCGAGGGUAGCUCCAAGCAUUAGAUUAGUGCCAAGUCAAUCUCCAAUGCAGCCCAAGGAGCCACUAGUGCCACCUGCUACACGUCCAAGCCUUUCGAGGGUUGCUCCAGCCAUUAGAUCAGUACCGAGUCAAUCUCCAACCCCGCAGGAAUUGCCACUAGUGCCUCCAGCCACACAUCCAAGUGGUUCAAGGAUUGCUCCAAUUACUACGUCAGAACCCUCUGCUUCUCCUGUAUCAAUCUUUCCCCCGAUUCUUCAUGGUAGAAGGCAUGGAAGGCUGGUUGCUGCACCUCCAAGGGAGAUAUUCAACCAUUUAUCUCCUGCAAGUCAUUCUCCAACGAAAGGUUCAUCUCCUGUUAUAAAUCCAACACCGCAUGAAGCCCCAAAGCCCCCAGAUGAUGCUUCUCCCCUGUCUAACCCAUUUCCCAAGCCUCCUAUAAGGAAGAGGGUUCUAAGUCCUGCACCUGCACCUGCAGCUCCGAUCUCAUCUCAUAAAUAUCAUGCAAGGAAAAAAGUCAUUAGCCCUCCACCUGCAGCCACACGUUUGUUUCCUCCACCAUCAUACCACCAAGGUCCAGUAGUCUCUCCAGCUCCUUCACAUCCUCCAAUGGUACACCCUAAGAGGAGUCGACAAAGGCCACAUGGUCCUCCAGCCCUAAAUCAAGGCCCUUCUCUCUCUCCUAUACCAUCACCCUUUCCUCCAACAGUGAACCAGGGAGCUCCUGCACCUUUGCCAUCACUAGCAGUUCCAUCUGGCCCAGCUGAAAGGCAAGGGCCUAUUCACCCCCCGACUGUUUCUCCUUCCGCUCCAUUCCCAAAGAAGCCGAGGAUGCCAUUGCCAUCACCAAUUCGAGCAUUACCACCUCCACCUCCUAAUCAAGAUUGUACAUCAGUGGCAUGCGUGGAGCCAUUAACGAACACCCUUCCUGGAUCACCUUGUGGCUGUGUUUGGCCGAUUCAAGUUGGACUGCAUCUGAAUGUCGCACUUUACACAUUCUUCCCUUUGGUUUCAGAGCUAGCCCAAGAAAUUGCAACUGGAAUUUUCAUGAAACAAAGCCAGGUCCGCAUCAUGGGAGCAAAUGCUGCCAGCCAGGAUCAGGACAAGACCAUUGUCCUCAUUGAUCUGGUACCGCUCAGAGAUAGAUUCGAUAACACUACGGCUUUUUUGACGUACGAGAAAUUCUGGCACAAACAAGUUGUCAUAAAGACUAACUUCUUUGGUGACUAUGAUGUUUUAUAUGUUCGAUAUCCAGGCCUUCCUCCUUCACCACCUUCGGCACCUGCCAGCAUCAACGUAGAUGGUGGGCAACUUGCUAAUGACAAUAACUCAAGGAGGAUACAGCCUCUAGGUGUUGAUGUGAAGAAACGGAGAGAAAAACUUGGUGGCAGCCUAAUUGUUAUCAUAGUUCUAUCAUCUGCUAUAGCUUUGGUUUUAAGUAUUGUAGCUUUGUGGCUUUUGCUAUGGAAGCGUGGUAGUCAUGCUUGUCAGCCUGCACCAACCAUGCGUGCUUCAAUACCUCCUACCAAGCCAUCAGGAGGGGCCGGAUCUAUGGUGCUUGGCAGCUGGGCUAGUUCCACAUCACUGUCCUUCAGCUCUAGCAUAGCAACAUAUACUGGGUCAGCUAAAACAUUCAGUGCGGGUGAGAUUGAGAAAGCUACGGAUAGCUUCAACAUUUCAACAGUGCUUGGAGAAGGUGGUUUCGGGCGUGUUUACAGCGGUGUGCUUGAAGAUGGAACAAAGGUGGCUGUCAAGGUUCUCAAGAGAGAUGAUCAGCAAGGUAGCCGAGAAUUUUUGGCUGAGGUUGAGAUGCUUAGCCGUUUGCAUCAUAGGAACUUGGUCAAGUUGAUUGGUAUAUGCACAGAAGAGCAUAGCCGAUGCCUGGUCUAUGAACUUAUUCCCAAUGGCAGUGUGGAAUCUCACUUGCACGGAGUUGACAAGGAAACUGCUCCGCUUGAUUGGGGUGCCCGUAUGAAGAUUGCACUUGGUUCAGCUCGAGGUUUGGCCUAUCUGCAUGAGGAUUCUAGUCCACGUGUUAUCCAUCGGGAUUUCAAGUCCAGCAACAUCUUGUUGGAACAUGAUUUCACUCCGAAAGUGUCCGAUUUCGGAUUGGCUAGAUCGGCAUUGGACGGUGGAAACGAGCACAUCUCAACACGUGUUAUGGGAACUUUUGGUUAUGUGGCACCCGAGUAUGCAAUGACAGGCCAUCUUCUUGUGAAGAGUGAUGUUUACAGCUAUGGUGUUGUACUUCUUGAGCUUUUAACGGGAAGGAAACCUGUGGAUAUGUUGCGUCCUCCUGGUCAAGAGAAUCUGGUUACAUGGGCCCGACCACUCCUCACGAGCAAGGAGGGGUUGGAGAUGAUCAUUGACCCAUCUCUAGGAUCUAAUUUCCCAUUCGACAGUGUGGCCAAAGUAGCGGCUAUUGCUUCAAUGUGUGUUCAGCCGGAAGUCUCGCACCGGCCAUUUAUGGGUGAGGUAGUACAGGCCUUAAAGCUAGUGUGCAAUGAGAACGAUGAGAAGAGAGGUGCAUCAGGUAGUUUUAGCCAAGAGGACUUAUCCUCAGCUCAGGACAUUGAUACCAGGGUUAGUAAUGCUUCGAGUCAGCCGCCGGAAACUCGGUCCUUCUUAACAGCUGAUUAUGACUCAGGCCUUGAGGCAGAGAGAGCAAUAUCAACAUCAGAGAUAUUCAGUAUGACAGCACGAAUCACGAGGCAGGAAUCAGGAUCUUUCCGGAGGCACUCUUGUUCAGGACCUCUAAGCACAGGCAAGAACGGGCAGUUCUGGCAGGGAGGUGUUUCAAGAGGCAGCGUGAGUGAGCAUGGUGUGACUCUCAAAUCAUUGGCAGGGCUGGAGGGUGGCAAAAUGUGGCCAUGAUGAUUGAAAUCCAAUGACUUUGCAGAGACCCAUCAAAAGAUUUUCGCAGUUGGCAUGCACACAUGGAAGGUUUACCAUGAAUUUGGUUGUCAAUAAUGUCGCGCUGCUCUUGCAACUGGAAUAAGGAAUAGAGAGCAUGCAGAUCAUCAUGGUCCGGGGAUUUCGAAUGCAAUUGCAUAAUUUGGAUGAUGUUAAGGUUGUUAUGGACCUGAAUAAAACUCCAUGACUACUUUGAACAAGGGCCAUGUUGCUUCAGUUUGUCUUUGCAGCAUUUUGACCCAUAGUUCUAGUGGGUUAUGGUUGUUUCAGAUUUUUGAGAGAACUAAAGCUCUGGUGGAUUCGCAUCCCUCCCACACUGAUUAUGGGAGGGUGUUUGUAAUUUUCUAACUGAAAUUCAUCAAGGCCUGUUUUUGUUUCCAA